AUGAUGGAAGGAGAUGAUUUGGAUUUCAAAGUAAUCUUCCACGAUACUCCAAAGGUGGAUGGACAACUUCUUCUAUCCGUUACUCCACCAGAGUAUCAUUCUGCAAAAGCCAAAACUAUCAUUAAGCGAAAUCCGUUUGUUAUCGACCCAACUACCUCAUGGAUCAGUUUUUUAAAAGACGAUGAUUCAAAAAGGUAUAUGCGAUUUGGACUGAAAUAUCUCAAUGGUUUAAUCCAACUUCGUCUCCCAGGAGAAACCGAGCAUUUUCCAUUUUACCAUGUCCAAAAUAACAACGAAUCGAUCCGCAUCGACAUAUUUUUCUGUGAAUAUGUCAAAAGUAUCAGCCUCCGUGAUCCAAUAACUUAUGAGCAAGAAGAUCUUCAUUUGGUUUAUCAUGGCGAUGACCAUCAAGUCGUUCAAUUCAAUAAAAGUAAAACUGGUCUGGAACGAAUAUUUGCUUCAGAAAUGACACAUGAUAUCAAUUUCUGCCGUUUUAUUCGAAAGCUCGAAGUUGUCAAUUUUGAGGUGACGAUAUAUGGCAAAAACAAGAGAGAGGGCGAUUUUAAAUUGAUAGUAGAACCUGCUAAACCGAAGAAAAUUGAUAACAAGAAUCAAAGUAUGAUGCUUGCCCCACAUGUCAUUGAGCCACCAAGUGUUUGGAUAGGAAACCCGCAAAGAGGAAUAUUCAGAUUUAUGGUCAAGUUACAGAAUGAAACAUUGAUGAUGAAAAUGGACGACGACACGGAUUGGUUCGCUGUUCUCUACUAUCCGAAAAGUGUUGAAUACUAUAAUAUGAGGCUCAGCCUGUGCAAAACGAUACGGUCUGUCAUGAUUGUAAGCAGCAUAGAAAAGAACAACCCACCAAAAAUAAACGAUCCACACUUCAACAAAUUGUAUGACUCCAAAAAACUUAACAAUGAGUGUCCUUGUUUAUCUAGAAGACCUUCCUAA